GGGUCUUCUUGAGCGUCGACGACGUCAGGUCUUUAGUUGAGUUGGUUACUGUCUAUCGGUCUCAUCUUCGGCAUGCUUGUCGCACAUGAAGUCGAAAAAUUUGUGAGUAAGUGUGGUCGGCCACCCGGAGCAUCCAUUGUUCGAGUGGAAAUCAGAUAAAUUUCCAAGAUGGUUAUGGUUUCUUAUUCUCUCGUCGCACGAUGUACGAGGUUAUAUUUUUAUCGAGAAGCAGCAGCUGAAACAUAAAACGAGGUCGCCGCUGAUCCCAACCCUACUGAUAAUCAAAGACGAAGAUGACGAGACGAGAAUAAAAAAUCAACAAGCUGCCUGCGACUCCGUAAGUGAGACAGCGAAGGCGAACCACUGGACAGAACAGAGGAGAUAAAUGAAAUUCGCAUUUUCUUGGCUGCCGCUCCACAUACUUUGCCGCUGCAGGAAAAAGUGCAAAAGAAAAGGAACAUAUCUAUGCAAAUACAACUGUCCACUAGAAGAAAUUUUCGGGGUGGUAGUGGAUGCCGCAUGUCGUGACAAGGUCGUGGUGCCGAUGGCCCUUCACUCUAGCAUCACUAUGCGAGUAUUUGCAAAGGACAUGCUGCCUCUUGCGCCUGCUGUUCCAAACACAUUGAGGAGCCGGAGGUGCCCAUGUUGUCUGGUGCUUGCUUCUCUUCUUUUAUGCCUCCACGAUGGCCCGGUGUCAGUUACUGCGCUUUCCCAGCAACGGGUACUGGUAAAGAAAUGGAAAAUGGUAAAGAAGCGUGCUGCAGCUCGACGGGAACAGAAAGCAGUUGACGCUGGCUACGAUGAGCAGCCGGCUUCGGCGCUAGUUGCUCCCAAGACAAGCCACAGCACGGCGCACUACGACCACGAUCCACAUCGCGACCAGCGCUUACACACCGGUCGGUGGAGCUCCUUUUUCGACAUGGGGCAGAGCUCCGUUGAAACUUCGGGCAAGCCUCUGCACCUUCAGCAGCAGAUAGAAUCUCAAGGGGUGCGCGUUCCUUUUUUUGUGUACGAUAAUCACGAAUUGACAAUGAACAAUUGGUAUGAAUUGCAAAACUCUCGUACUCGUAGAAAGGCAUUACAAAUUUCCUCAUCGCGACAAAUGGUAAUGGACCCUCUUAUGCUGAUUCAGCUUGAAAAAGCAUGGGAAAUUUGUCGUGCAUGAUGACUGCGAUUAGUACGAGCGCGAUACUUUUGCACAGGAUAAUUGGACGCACGUCUGUGUAACCGAGCGUGAUUGCGCGGACGUCUCGCUUUUGCAGGCAUUGCGAAAACAUCCGUGGCGGACUGCGUCACCGGAGGACGCCGAGAUUUUUGUCGUGCCGACACAAUUUUUGCAGUCGCGCCAGCUCGACGAAAAAAGAAAAACCGGGGGGGGCAAGAACCGCGGACACGAUAGACGCACGCGCACAGCGCUCAACUGGCUCUUCACGCAAAGUCCCUGGUUUCGCAGAAGGCAGGGGCGCGACCACCUCUUGUUGGCGAACCCCUGGUACUUUUCUCGUUUGACGACCGACGAAUAUCGCGACGGAGAAUACCCCUGGCCCCGCGCAUACCCAAAAGAAAAAUAUGUGAUGCGAAUUUGUGGCCACCAUUCAAUUGGAAUUGCAAUUCGCAAAAAGGCUGGCGCCGAGGUGCACGCCGCGUUAUGGAGUCGCUUUGUCAUAUUGUUGGGCCUACAGAGCGGGCGCCGCCUAUGCUAAACCAAGAAUAGGCCCGCGCGCUCCUAGAGAGCAGGCUGGGCCUCUGCCUGGCUUCCGUUCCGUAGUUUACAGCAAGACAGAUCUCCGCUCUAAUCUGGGUCUGGCUUUGGCUAUGGGGCGCGGGGUUUCUUCAUUUUGAUGCCGUACGAGAUAAGUGCAUACCAAAAGAUGCGUGGCCAGCUUUGAGCGAGACCAUCCUGACGCGAGAAGAAGUAGUACACAUGUCAUCCUGGGAAAACUCUUUCAAAAGAGGCCCGAAAGCCUGGUGGCGACACCCGCAGAAUUUGUUCUCCGUACCAUGGGAGUCGACAAAACGUAGCGUCGUGACUCCAAUUGAGAUGUACCCCGAUGUGCAAGUUGUGCCCGCGGAGUUCACGCCAGCUUGGAAAAAUCGCCAGCACCUGAUUUUCUACCACACGCGAAAACCGGCGUCCUAUCAUUUGGGAGACCUUCAGGCAAUGGAAUUUGUUGCUUCCGCACCCAUUCAGAUAGAAGUGCUGAGUAGAGAGAAGACAUUCAUAUUUGUAUUUCUUUUGCCCGUGUUUUUGGGGGGAAUGAAGAAAGU